AUGCAUUUCACUGGGCUGGUCACGGGGAUGCCUCUGGUGGUGCGGAGAAACGUGCUGAGGCGAUUGGGUGGGCUGGAUGAGGCUGACGACCGGGAGGGCGAGGCGGCGAUUGUGUCGGACUGGCAGCUGGCAACAAGGAUGUGGCUGUCUGGUUACCAGGUUGCUCGCCUGAACCUCCGCAAGGGAUCCUCUGGUGAUGCUGGUGACUUUGAUCGGAUUUCCAGGACUGGUUACCACCGCGUAACGUAUCGCCCGAGUUACCUUGAGAGGCUGAACGCAGCUGUAGAUUAUGGAGAAUAUGAUGCGUUUUAUGCAGAUUAUCAUGAACAGAUAAAAGCAGAGGUGGCCAGGUUGAAUAGUUUGCUUACUACCUGA